GGUCGAAAAUGGCAGAACAUGACGUCAUUCUGACGUCAUUUGUGGCCAACCUAUCAUAGCCUCUGGAAAAAAAUGGUCACAAUGUGUAAAAUUGAUGCCCGGAGGGGUCCUAAAAGUUUGGUGGCGAUAUCUCAAGUCGUGUAGGAGAUAUCGACGGAAAAGGACAGGGGGGCGUUUCGCCCCCCCCCCCUACGGGGUGCGGGUUAAUGAUGCUUCCUUUUUAUAGCGCCUGCAUCGACGGUCACUAAGUUGUGUCCUGUUUUAUGACCUUGACUGCAGGCUUUCUUACAUCAUUGAUUUCUCAAGGUACGUAGAUACCUACUACACUACAUAGUACAUACCUACGUACUAAUCAUCUAUCUCAGAAAAAAAAACUUGAGAUUCUCCGUUGAAAGGACGUUCCAAUAGGAAAUCAUCAUUCAGAUCCUCAAAGCUCGUACGUGCAUUGACCAAUGACCAUGAUGGACGCUGGUUGGAGCUUGGAGAAACGGCCUGCAAACCCUUAUACAUGCAAAAGGCGUUUUGUUUCUGCUUUAAACGUUCGGUGACCUUACUGAUAUGACCCCGUAACCCUGGGAGUGACCUCGUGACCCGUUGCAGCGCGAGUGCGAGUAACCGGACCCGCUCCCACUCUCUCGCCCUGUCGCGCGUGUCAACGGCAGCCGCGCACCGGCCGCGUGAAAUCCAUUCGAACCACCGGUCAUUGUGCGCGGCUGCAGCACGGCAGUCUCCGAGGAGCACAAUGGACGGAGGGCCGUGUGGGGCCGGGACGCCGCGGGGCCGCGGAGGGCCUGCAGGGGAGGGAGGCUGCGGGUCAGUACCGAGCACCGGUGCAUAGGUUUCCUGGGAGGUAUGGGCGCACUUCACCCGCAGUGUCGACUGGAGGGUUGGAGAGGCAGGUGCUGCGUUCAGCUCUGAAGACAUGCCAGGAGUUCGGCUUCUCGUUCUGUGGACCUCGGCGGUCACCGCCGCUCUGGCUGCUCGAGACCCUCGCUUUUUCAACGUGUUCUCGGUGACCCGCUUUGAGAACUCGCCCUGUUCGACUGAGAGCGGUCAGGGGAUCUGCACCCUGCCCGACGGCUGCGGAGGUGACCAGCGCGGGCCCUGCGCCGGCGGACUGGGCGUCUGCUGCGUCGUGGAGAAGUCGUGUCGGAACACCACCAGUCAGAAGAUCGCCUACUUCGUCAACCCCAACUACCCGGAGACGGACUCUGCCGACCAGCUGUGCGACUUCCGACUGGAGGUCACUGACCCCGACAUCUGCCAGGUCAGGCUGGACUUUGACGAGUUCGAGACGCGCGGCCCGGAGACGACCGGUGCCGACGCGGGCACGUGCGACAGGUCCUACCUGGACCUGGCCGGAUCGGGCUCCGACCUGCAGAUCGGCACAGACAAACUCUGCGGCAUGCUCAAAGGCCAGCACGUGUACGUUCACCUGAACCCGAUGCGUCGCGGUACGGCGCACCUCUCGAUGAUGGUGAGGCUGGAGGACCAGACGACAGGGGCCAAGUGGCGGAUCCGCGCCACUCAGGUGGACUGCAGCGAACGCAGCGACCUCAUAGCGCCGACAGGCUGCACUCAGUACUACAACGAAACGAAAGGAACGUUCGAGAGCUUCAACUUCGCCGGGAAUGCCUACACCCUCAACCAGGACUACAACAUCUGCAUCGGGUCCGCCUUCGGCACGUGCAAGACCACCUUCACGUCGUCCAGCUUCCAGCUGGACAUGGUGACCGCCUCGGCGACCUCCGGGGUCGGCAUGGCCGCCUGCGACGUCCAGACCUCCGGCACCGGCGGACUCCGGUCGGACUACCUGUUCAUCCCUGGAGGGUCUCAGACGGGCGAGUCGCCCACCAACGAGAAAUACUGCGGCUCGCUGCUCCACUACAUGACCGGAAAGUCCACGUCAGAACCCGUGGUCACCCGUGCUCCCGGUCCUCUGGUGGUCCGGUUCAAGACGGACGAGCACUUUAACGAGCCGCGAGAGCAGGGGUUCCGGAUCGACUUUGAACAGUCUACCACCUGCUGAGCCGCGCUCCGCUGCCGCCAGGCGCUGCAGGCGCUGUUACGGUCACUUCGCGACGACAUCGGAUAUUGGCGUCCGGUUUUUAGCCCAGUCUGAUCGGCGGAUAAGCCGGCUGUACUGCACGAAUUGUUACGAUUUGAUUAGUUGUGAAUUGUGAUGGUUGUUUUUGUUAAUUGUUACCCUAGUAAUAAAGAUGUGCACGAAUAUAUUGAUUAAGCC